AAGCUCCUUACUUCCUAUCAUGUUUUGCAUUCUGAUAUUCUUCAGGUUCCCUCAUCAUUGAUUCAGCCAAUAAAUACAAUUCCAGCAUUAAGCCAUUCAAAUGAAAUUCACUUCUGCAUGAAAAACAUUUUUAUGCAUCAACAACAUGAGAGCAAAUAUGGCAUUCAAAUGCAUUGGCACUGCUCUCAUUUCUCUCUUUUAGUAAAAUGUUGGUCAAGAGCUGAUCUUGUUUUUGAAUGCACUCGAGAAAACCUUUCCUGAAGAAGGUGGGGUUACAUAUGUACUCUGCAUAUAUAGCCUGACAUUUGCAUACUGAUAUAACAGAAGUGGUCUGCAGUUGGUGUGGAGCUCCUUGAAGCAGAGAUGGCUAGAAAAGAAGUCCCAUAAUUAAUUCAUCAUCAAGAAUUAUGAGUGAAUAAUUGAGCAGGAGACAGCAUGCAGCUUACCUCUGUGCAGGUGGUCCCUGGCAUUGUGUAUCCUAUUAUUGCAGUCUUUGACUUGCCAGCUUGCUUGAUCUCAAUCUUGGUUUUCUGGAAGGGUAAUCUGGAGCUUUCCAAGUCCACUGCCUACUACAUUAUAGCAAUAACAGCUGCCAGCUUUUUGCUAAUGCUCAGUGUGAUUGUCUUCCGUGACAUCUACUACUACAAUAUCGAUGGCCUUAUAUCCUGGCCGAAUGCAUUCUGUGGCAUCAGCAAUUUAAUUUAUUUCUUUGCAGUGUACUCAGUGAGCUGGCAGACGGUGGCUUUCACCUUUGAUCGAUUUGUCAUGGUAUGCUGUGGCCGCCUGAGAAUGUACUAUUGCACUGACAGAACUUCUGUAAUUGUUAUUGUAUGUGUAUAUGGUGGUGCGCUAUUGGCAGCCAUCCCAACAUUAUACAUGUAUCAAAUGCAGCCUUCUGCUGUAGCCAAUAAUACCCUCAUCUGUGUCUUAAGAAAGGACCUGGACCAAGUACCUUUACUGGGAGCUUAUGAUUCUAUCCAGACUGUCUUCUGGAACAUUCUCCCCAUUGCAAUAAUUGUCUUCUUGAAUUUUUUCACGGGUCGUGUGGUUUAUCUAAGCAACAAGACCCGAAAUAAUUUAAAGGGAGAAGGGAAAGAGGACCCAGAAGCUGCCAAACGCAUCAGAUCUGUAAUCCUGCUUGGCAUUAUCUCCGCUGGCUUCCUCCUUCACAAUAUCCCCAAAAUGGUGAUCAAAAUUGUGGAACGGUCAGCCUACCUGAAGAACUUUGACCGCAAUGACUUUACUCAUCCGGUGGCAAUCACACGUAUUAUUGCCAAUAUGCUGCUCAUUUUUUGCUCCAUCACAGACCUGUGUCUCUUCACCCUUAUUAUGCCAAAGUUUAGAGAGGAAAUUAAACGAGGGAUUCGCUAUUUUGUUUCCUUCUCCACCAAGCAUUAGCAGGAAGAACCUACUCUUGUUCAAAAAUGCAAAGAUAAAGUAAACUUGCAAUCAUUAAAAUAUCACUCAAGAUGGUUGCAAAUUAUGUUUUUAGUUGACAUAUUUUUUAAUAAUUAAAAAGAAAAGAGGAAAACUGAAGUACGCUGACUGGUUGGGUAUUUGUUGAAAAUGGAAUGAGACAUAAAGAAUGCCGAGGCACCAUUUCUUUGAAGAUGAUGCUUUGUUCUUGUCUACAGCUUCCUGAAGCAUUAUUCUCAUCAUUUAUUUGGGACUCUAACAAAAAUUGCAUACUAUUCUGCCAAAAAGGUGAGCUUAUAUUUACAAUUACAUCUUCUAGGGGGUUUCUUUAUCACCUAAUGCAGGGGUGUCCAGCUCCGGUCCUGGUGGGUCACAGUGGCUGCAGGUUUUCAUUCUAACCAUCUUCUUUAUUAGCAAGCCGUUUUUCUUGCUGUUUUGCUUUAGCUUUAAUUGACGUGACUCGGACCCCUCAAUUGUUUGUUUUUCCUUAAUGAGCAGCCAAAUAAUAAGAAGACACAAAAUGAGACACCACACAAGCAGCUCACCUGAAAACAAAGAAAGGUGAAGGUCUCGGUCAUGUUGGUCCACUCAGGUCACCAAAACAUCUUGACAGUGGUCUUAGAAAAAACAGAAUGAGAGCAGCAACAAGUCCUGAUUUUCAAUAACUGGUUUAAUUAACAGCAAGAACUGACUUCUCAUUAAGAAUCUGGCUGGAGUUUGACAUUCCACUUUAGCUGGUCAUCUGUCGGCUCGUUUCACGUCUCAUUUCUGUUUAAUGAAGAAAGGAAUCAAUUCAGAGGACUUAAUCCUUAAAAACAGGGCUAUGAAAAUAAAGGGAAAAAGGAGUUAAUUAGCACUGAAAACUGAUUAGGAAAGGGUCAGAAUGAAAACCUGCAGCCACUGCGGCCCACCAGGACCGGAGUUGGACACCCCUGACCUAAUGUAACUAAGUUCUGUAUUCUUAGAAUGAUUUAUCUGAUGAGUCUGAACUUUGGUUAAUUGCUUAUAAAGCUCAGAUAUACUACAGGUUUCCACUUGGAACAAAAAAAAUAUCUAUUUUUUUAGAAAAAGACAGCAGCGAAGGCAUGGGAGAAAGGGAGUGUAUAGUAAGAAACAAGUGAAAAGGAUUAAUAAUUGCAGUUUGUCAAUAUUGGUGAGAAUUAUCUGGAAUGUUUUUAGGUUCACAGAGAAAUUUUCAGUAAUAUUUUUCAGAUUUAAAUAGCCUAGUUAUAAACAAUAUUUCUAGUCAAUGUUUGUUAUAUACAUAGUGAUGAGUAAAACUGGGAAGUUUCAAUUAAUAUACGGUUUCAUGAAACUGAUUAAAAUUCAUUUCAUUGGCGAUUUCGAAAAUUGCAUAACUAACUAAAAAGAGUUUUUUGGAGGUUUUAAAUGUUUAUGGGGUGGAAAAAGUUCCCUAACACCUCAAAUUGUCCUACCGAGAACCAAAAAAAGUGAAUAGUUACUAAGAUAAAUCAUGAGAAGAGCGUACAAAAAUAAAUCCAAAACCAACAAAAAUAAACCUAGUGAAGUCAAGAGUUCAAACCAAACAAAACGUGCGAGAAGCACUAUAACAAAAGAUUUCUUUUAGGAUGUUUGUGUCCGCAGAUUGGAUAACCAAAGGAACCUCCAGCCAACCUUUUAUCCGGAUUACUUGUGGGCACAGCCCUAGAAAUCACACCCCUAGCAAUGUGGGAAGAGCUGUCAAUGAUGGCUCUUACAAAGCGAAAAUUAGUGUUCAAGACAUUAAAAGUAUAAAAUGAAUUCACAUUCACCCUAAUCCUUACACUCAUAAACUUUCAUGUUUACCGGUAUUCUUCUCUGCAGCUGCAUAAUGCAUAUUAUGCUAUUAAAUUAAUCCAGUUUAUGGACAUGCACUGUCCAAGCACAGUGGCGCUUCAUGUAUCUUUUCUGUCUUCAAUGCAUCUUUAGGAUUGUAUUCACCAAUCUUUAAUUGGAGUUGGGAUCAAAACACCAGACUGGUGACUUAAUAAAAUGUCUACCUGUGUUAGGAAAUGAAUCACAAUGUUGCUUUUUUUCCAGUAGAGAUCUUUAAUUAAAUACUAAAUGACAGCCAGAAACAUGCACAAACAAUAUGUAAAUACAGGCCUACAAUUUCUUCCUGUGUUAGUGAGAUGAAUUUGUUAAUGAGCAAUUUGUUUUGCUAUUUUUGUUUGCAAAGUGAAAUAUCAUGCUUUGCUGCAAAAUUAAGUUGUUUUGAUCAUCAUUAUUCAUAGGUAGAUUAUGUGAUGGAUUUAAUGUUAUAGGCAGUGUAAAUUAGUAUAUAAGGCAUUGUAAACUAACUUUAAUUUCUGUCUCUGACUUACUGUGUGACCCUGUAGUGUACAGCAAAUAUAAAGAGUAGUUAGUAUGUCACUGUGAUGUAGGCAUUAAGUGAUUACGCAGACAUAUAUACGUUUUUUGCUAG